AUGUCCAAAACGUCUGGAUCUCGAUCUCCAAACCGAUCGGUACAUCCUAUUGAGAAGAACCUAUCGCAAUCUUCGGACUAUUUCGAUGACGAUCCAGAAUUCAGCAAAGCACUUGCCACACUUGAUGAGUCUGUGCUUUUUGGAUCACAGCGGCUUGCAUGUAUCGACAACGUAUAUGAAAAUUUUGAUGAAGAAAACGGAGUAUCUGAGCCCAGACCUUCAAGCCAAAGUCGUAAACGGCAGCGCUCUCUUACGCCUGCACCUGAACCCGAAAACUCACAAGAAGGACACGCCAUAAGCUCCUCUGGAUCUGGCCAGCAAGCGUCGACAUUAGACCCCCAGGGAUUAACAACCAGCACAUCAUCUUGGAACUCGAUUCUUGCCCCAGUUACACCCACGAAAACCUCAGAUACGUAUCAUGCAUCAAAAUUCGGCGAGUUUGGGGAUUACUUCCGAAGGAAGCGGGCCAAACUUCAAAACCAAAACGCCGAUCUAGGCACCCAAGACACCCGUUCAACACAAAGUACGAUAUUCAAAUCAUUGGCAAUAUAUAUUACGGGUCGCACAGUUCCAUCCCUUCAAAUACUGAGAUCCUUGAUCCUCCAAUAUGGUGGCCAAUUCCAUGCCUACCUGGACCGCAAGGAAAUGGUCACGCAUGUUAUCACGAGCAAUCUUACCCCAGCUAAGGCGUUAGAAUUCAAGAACAUGAAGGUUGCUCGACCUGAAUGGCUCCUGGAUAGCAUAGCAGCAAAUAAACUUCUUCCGUGGGCGAAAUAUCAAUGGUCUGAAAGCUACCAGUCUAGUUCCCCGAUCCAAAGUGCAACUCCGAGAACCCCAGCAUUAACAUUAUCAAUCCGGCCUUUGGGAGCAUCACCCGAGCACUCUGAUACCAUCUCAACAACACUUGACUCGCCAUUGAAGCAGCUAUCAAAUAAUUACGAAUCUUUGCCCCGGCUCAACCAGCUAUCCCGAGUGAAGCCGCUCCUGAACAUGCAUCUCGGCGCCUCGACUUCUACCCAAUCUUCGCGCGCCCAAUAUGCUAUCCACGCUGCCAAUCCCGAUGCAGAGCGCCUUAUGGAAUCGGUAGAAUGGAGAGAAAUGCAUACUGCUGCAUCUGGGGAGGCCUUUAUACAAGAUUACUACCAGCAUUCCCGCCUUCACCACCUGUCGAAAUGGAAGUCUGAGCUUCGAAGUCUCGUGGCAAAAGCUCAAGAAGACGCCGAAUCUCAAUUUCUCCAAACCGGAUCAAUGUUGAACCCGACGAGUACGACUUCUGGAGAUUCGCCCAAAGGGAAGGGAAAGGCCACCCAAAGGGUUAUCAUGCAUUGUGACUUCGAUUCGUUCUUUGUCUCAGCAGGACUUAUCGCGAGGCCAGAGUUGAGUGGAAAACCUGUGGUAGUUUGCCAUGCCUCGGGAAAGGGAGCCUCUCACAGCACUAGUGAGGUAGCUAGUGCGAGUUACGCUGCUAGAGCAUUUGGGGUAAGAAAUGGAAUGAGCCUUGGCCAGGCUCGUAAAUUAUGCCCUGAAAUACAAACAAUUCCGUACGAGUUUGAGCGUUACAAGGAGCUUUCACUCAAAUUUUAUACUGUAUUGAUGUCAUUAUCAGACGAUCUUCAAGCAGUAUCUGUGGAUGAGGCCUUGAUUGAUGUUAGCACCCGGGUUGAAAGUCUGAGAACCGAUGCGAUCAACUCUGGUCAUAUGCGGACGGAAUCCUAUGAGAAAGCCUUGGCCGAGAUGCUUCGGGAUCAAGUGCGUGAACAAACAGGAUGUGAAGUAAGCGUGGGGAUCGGUCCAAACAUUAUGCUUGCUAGACUUGCCACAAAGCGAGCCAAACCUGCUGGAUCAUUUUACCUCUCGAUCGAUGACGCUCCUGCUCACCUAGCAGAACUGGAUAUUGUGAAUAUACACGGUUUUGCAGGUGCAGUUCAGGACAAGGCUCUUGCGCGUUUUGGUACUAGCAAGCUUGGCGAUUUGGCUAAGCAGAGCAAGAUCGCGCUGCAACAAGCGCUUGGGGAUAAAAGUGGCGAGCGAAUUUGGAACGCGAUUAGAGGUAUCGACGAUCGAGUUCUGGAAAGCGAUAAGCCCAGAAAAUCCGUAUCAGCCGAUGUCAACUAUGGGAUACGUUUCGAAAAUAAUCAAAACGCCGAAGCCUUUGUGCUAGGCCUCGCGAAGGAAGUUUCAGAGCGUUUAAGACGUGCCAACAAAGUGGGGAAGUCUUUGACAUUGAAGAUCAUGAAACGCCACCCAGAUGCGCCAAAAGAGGCUCCCAAGGCAAGUCAACUCCAGCUAUUCUUUAUGGGCCACGGAAAAUGUGAAACGUUCAACAAAACAUGCGCCAUAUCAGGGCUUCAUGGAUCAGCAACUAACGACCCGGAUAUUAUUGGUCGGGAAGCUUGGAAACUUCUCCAUUCGAUGCAUUUUGACCCUUGUGAACUUCGAGGAAUUGGCAUCCAAAUCCAGAAACUCGACAAUGCUGAAAAAUCAGUAGCAGUCGGAAUUGCUAUACACGGACAACUCGCGAAAGGAUUUCACCGCGCUCUUGCUAAAGCCAACGCAAUUAAAACACGCCCUGCUGAGGUGGCUCGGGAGCCUCAAACUCAGGAUAUCGAUGUACGGAUCGCUGAACCAGAUGCCCCAGCCCUCACCCCCAGAAAAUCCCCCUCUCAACAUCCUAAAACAACCGGCAAAUCCAACGGCAUGCGCGAGGACCCAAGGCCGGUUCAGUCUAGGGCAUUGGCGGCGGAGGUGACAAUAAUCGACGUUGACGCACUGGCUACACAAGAUCCUGCGCCUGGAGCUAAAGAGUUGCCAUAUGACUUGACCAUGCUAUCCCAGCUCGAUGGGGAAAUGCUUGCCGACAUCAUAGCCCCUGAGAGUGGUUGUUCUCGUUCAUUAUCAGCACAUAUGCCCGACCAUCCUGCAACUAACUCUAAAGCUGGCCCUAUUUCUCCUCGACGUACCUUGCACCGUAAACGGUUCACAAAUAUGGGCCCGCCGACUACCUUACCCGACCCAUCCAAAUACUUCCCAAUUUUCAAGCGUCAAUUCGCGACAGUCCCAGACCAGGAAUUGGUGGUACUUGGUAUCGACCCAAUGGCGUAUACCAAUAUGCCAAGAGAUCAACAGAAAGCACUCGUUUCGAGUCGUCGCGCGGCAAAGGGGCUGGAUGCAAAUGGGCGACCUAUCAAUCAGCGUAAACGACGGUUCGUGGAGGAUGCGGAAAAGCCUGUGCAUCACGUUAUAUUAGCAGGCCGAACUGAACUUCCUACCUUGCGGGCAGCUGUUCCAGGUAUUCCCGCCGUGACCGAAACGAGUGAUGUUCAGGAUAUGAUUCGGCUAUGGGUCGAGACCAAAGUUGCCAAGAAACUCGGUCCCGACCCACGCGAAAUAACAUAUUUUGGUGAAUUUUUAGAGAGAUCUAUGGUAACUGAUAGCGGAAUGCAGCGGACUGUGGAGGUGAUGAAGUGGUGGAAAGAUGUUUGUAUGAAAAGUUGGGGAAUUGAACACGAAAGACGUGGUCAAUUUGGUCGAGAGUGGUGGAUAGCGUGGUGGGAGGUUAAGGAUAAACUUGAUUUGAUUGUUAAAAAGCGGUUCGGCGGGAAACUCAACUUGGGUUAG